AACAGGAAAUACCCAAUGAUUAAACAAAAGGGAUUUUACUCUGAUGUGCUCUAUCCAGGAGCCACAGCUUUCUUGGGGGAUGUGUGCGCUGGUCCCAGUGUGUACAAGGAUUUACUGAGACAGGCUGAUCUUGAGCAGCACACACCAAAAGUCACAACAUUUGAGACUCCCGAGAACAUUGAAUCUUACCUGGACAAACAAGUGAUUGGACCAACCACUGAGAUCCUGGCCAAGUCAGACUUCCCACUGCAAGCGUUUAAGCCAAAGGUGCAGCUUCCCUUUCAGGGGUUGCCAGGACAGUGCCCUCGGAAGAUUGAGAUAGAGAGGAGAAGACGGCUAUAUCUCAAACUAGAUAUUGCUCAGCUCUUAGCCAAAAAGGGGAUAGAUUCCAAUCAGCUGAUGCCCAGGCACCAAGACCCUGACAAUAUGCCAGCCAUUGAGCAAAAGAGAGAUCCUCUCUUUCCCAUCUACCUCCCACUGCAGAUAUUUGACGAUGAAGAGUAUGACUGCCGGACUCCAGAAGAGUGGCUCUUGCUGGGGUUGGAGCCAGGAUCUCAAGACAGAAAACCAGUUCCUGGAAAAGCACUUUUACCUACAGAUGAUCAACUGGGACACGAGGAUCCCAAAAGCCACGAGUUGAUCUAUAAGUGGGUCAGCGUUGGCGUCCUGGAUUACGACAAGGAGACAAAACUGUACUUGGUACAUAAGACAAACAAGAGGGGAAUGGUACGGGAUGAAGAAGGGAGGCCUAUUCUAAAUGGAGGAGUAACUCCAGAAGGGAGAGCCCCUCUUAUGCCAUGUCAGUACUGGGUGCCACGAGUCCGUCUGCUGUUUCUUGCGGAAGACCCCCAUGUAUUUGCCCAGCGAGUGGUUUCUGCCAAUACCCUGCGUAAGGAAACACAGGCACUGUUGCGGUACAAUCUGUAUGUGGACUGCAUGCCCGUGGAUGGGCUGAGGAGCAUUGAUGAGAAGAGCCUAGGUAGAAUGAAGCAGCUGGCAAUGAGCACUUCACACCUGAGAAAAGAGAUACGUGUGUUGAACUGUCUGCAAUGCCUGGAAAAGGAGGUGAGCCUAGACUAUGAACGCACCAUGAACAAGAUUAUCUUUGAUGGAGUCAUCACAUCCAAGCCCCAGACGUUUUCAUAUGUCACCCUGCCAGAGAAAGAGGAGGAGAAGGUGCCAGAAAGAGGGCUGGUCAAGAUCCCAGACUAUCCAUUUGAUGAGCAACGGGCAUCUUUUAUUUUUGUUUCGCUCCUGACCAGGCCAGAAGUCAUCCUUGCCUUAUCGCAGGUGCGGGAUGAGUGCAACAAAGCUGCAGCCAUGUCUCUGUUUCAUUCAACCUUGUCUAAGUAUGGCCGGCUAGAGGAGUUUGAACAGAUCCAGACGCAGACCUUCACCCAGGUUCAGAUGUUUCUCAAGGACACCUGGAUCAAUACUCUCAAGAUAGCAGUAAAGAGCAGUCUGAGGGAGAUUGGUAAAGGGUGGUACAAUCUGUAUCAGUCCAACUGGGGUGUAUACCAGAUGUCCAAGCUACAUAAGCUGAUGGAGCUCAUCAAGUUCAACUUGCAAGACUCUGUGCGCUUCCUGGUCCAGGACUCCCUGGUCAGCUUCACUCAGCUUUUGCUGGAUGCUUGCGGCAAUGUCCUGAAUUGCUCGGAGGAUAUGGAAUGGGGAGGGGACCUCAUCAACAGCCCAUACAAGCCACGAAAGAAUCCUCUCUUCGUGGUGGAUCUUAUUCUGGAUAACAGUGGGGUUCACUUCAGCACACCUCUGGAGAACUUCGAGACCUCCCUCAUUUCUCUGUUCGACAAGGGAAUCCUGGCGACCCACACCAUACCACAACUGGAGACGUAUGUGCUGGAGAACAUGUUUAUUAGAGGCACACCACUGCUGGAGUCGGUGGGCCUGCACGAGCCCCCUGUGGAAGAACUGCGCAACACUAUCCGAUCUGCCAUCUGCAAGGCAGUGAUCCCCCUCCAAGCCUACGCCAAGCAGUAUGAGAACCAGUUAGAGCUGAAUAAUAAUGACAUCAAUUCCUUUCUAAAAGAGUACCAAGCCCAAUGCCCCUCUGCCCAGGAUGUGAGAAAUAUAGUAAACCUGCACUUGUCUGAAAAGGAGAUGCUGGACAACACUCUGCCAAGCUCCAUCAUCAUCGGUCCCUUCUACGUCAGCAUUGAAGGUGUCAAGCAAAAUCUGUCCAAAAAACGCAAAGCCCUAGCCACCUCCAUGUUGGACCUACUGGCUAAGAACCUACACCUACAGGUGGAAAAUAUCUGUGAAGCAUUCAAAGCCAUCAGCCGGAAAAUGUAUGAGAAACCAAACAGCAUUGAGGAGCUGGCUGAGCUGCGGGAGUGGAUGAAGGGAGUCCCUGAGCAGCUGAAAGCGCAGGAAGAACUCAUAAUUAAGGUCAUGGAAGAUUAUGAGGUUAUGGAGGAAUUCCUUUACAACCUUACCCAAGAUGAUUUCAAUGACAAGUGGGCUGCGAGCAACUGGCCUCUGAAAAUCGCCACACAGACGGAGAUGAUUCGGCAGCAGCACCUAGAAGAUGAAGAGAGGUUCCGCAAAAUUCAGCUCAUGGAUCAGAACAACUUUCUGGAACGGCUGGAUGGUCUGCAGCUGGUCGUGGCUGGAUUUUCUGUCCAUAUGGACAUUACACGAGCACAUGAGAUAGCAAAUGAAGCGAGAAGGGUCAAGAAGCAGUUGAAGGAGUCUCAGCAGAUGGCGCUGCUUUACAACAACAGGGAGCGGAUAUUUGGAUUGCCAGUUACUAAUUAUGAUAAGCUGUCCAGGAUGGUUAAGGAAUUCCAGCCAUACUGGGAUCUCUGGACCACAGCAUCAGACUGGAUACGCUGGUCCGAGAGCUGGAUGAACGACCCCCUCUCUGCAAUUGAUGCUGAACAGCUAGAGAAGAAUGUCAAUGAAUCCUUUAAGACCAUGCACAAGUGUGUGAAGCAGUUCAAGGAUGUACCAGCAUGCCAGGAUGUAGCGGUGGAAAUCCGGGGCAGGAUUGAAGAAUUCAGACCAUAUAUCCCCCUGAUUCAGGGCCUGCGCAAUCCUGGCAUGCGGAACCGGCACUGGGAGAUGCUUUCCAAGGAGAUCAACAUCAAUGUUAAGCCCAAGGCCAAUCUGACAUUUUCUCGCUGUCUGGAGAUGAAGCUGCUGGACCACAUUGACAGCGUUGCCAAAAUAGCUGAGAUAGCGGGCAAGGAGUUCUCCAUUGAGAAUGCACUUGAUAAGAUGGAGAGCGAAUGGGUCUCCAUCCUGUUUAAUGUAAUGCCCUAUAAAGAGACAGAAACCUUCAUUCUGAAGAGCCCUGACGAAGCUUCGCAGCUCCUAGAUGAUCAUAUUGUCAUGACUCAAAGCAUGUCCUUCUCACCGUACAAGAAACCCUUUGAAGACAGGAUGAACACCUGGGAAACCAAGCUGAAGAUGACACAGGAUGUCCUAGAGGAGUGGCUGACAUGCCAGCGCUCCUGGCUAUACCUGGAGCCCAUCUUUAGCUCAGAGGACAUCAAUAGACAGCUGCCAGUAGAAAGCAAACGUUACCAAACCAUGGAUAGGACCUGGAGGAAGAUCAUGAAGAAUGCUAAUGAGAACAGAGAGGUGAUUUCCCUGUGUCCUGAUCCCAGGCUGCUGGAGAGCCUUCGGAAAUGUAAUCAGCUACUUGACCUUGUGCAGAAGGGGCUGAGUGAAUACCUAGAGACCAAGAGAGGAGUUUUCCCCAGGUUCUACUUCCUUUCGGAUGACGAGCUGCUGGAGAUACUGUCUCAGACAAAGAACCCCACUGCUGUACAGCCUCACCUCCGCAAGUGCUUUGAGAAUAUUGCACGGCUGCUCUUCCAGGAGGACCUACAGAUCACACACAUGUACUCUGCAGAAGGGGAGGAGGUGAAGCUGGUUUUCCCCAUUUAUCCCACUGGCAAUGUGGAGAACUGGCUGCUGGAAGUCGAGAAAUCUAUGAAGGCCAGCGUGCGGGACAAUAUUGAAAGAUCGAUCAGGGUUUAUCCACAUACACCACGUAGUUCAUGGGUCUUGCAAUGGCCUGGGCAGGUGACCAUCGCUGGCUGUCAAACUUACUGGACAAAGGAAGUAUCUGAGGCCCUGGAGGCUGGGGAUUUGUCCACCAGGCUGUUUCCACAGCUGAGCGCUCAGCUAAGUGAUCUGGUAGCCCUUGUUCGAGGAAAGCUGUCGAGGAUGCAGCGAACAGUGUUAUCAGCUCUCAUUGUGAUUGAAGUCCAUGCCAAGGAUGUCGCUGCUAAGCUGAUUGAGGAGAAUGUGAUGAGUGAGAAUGAUUUUGAGUGGAUCUCUCAGCUCAGAUACUACUGGACAAGGAAUGAUCUGUACAUCCGAGCAGUGAAUGCUGAAUUCAUCUAUGGCUAUGAAUAUUUGGGAAACAGUGGACGCCUGGUCAUCACACCCCUCACUGACAGGUGCUACUUGACACUUACUGGAGCUCUGCAUCUAAAAUUUGGAGGAGCACCUGCAGGACCUGCUGGAACAGGCAAAACUGAAACAACUAAAGAUCUGGGGAAAGCUCUAGCCAUACAGACAGUAGUGUUCAACUGCUCCGACCAGCUUGACUUCAUGGCUAUGGGAAAAUUCCUGAAGGGACUAGCCAGCUCCGGUGCGUGGGCUUGCUUUGAUGAGUUUAAUCGCAUUGACAUUGAGGUGUUGUCCGUAGUGGCUCAACAGAUCACAACCAUUCAGAAGGCCCAGCAGCAAAGGGUGGACCGCUUCAUGUUUGAAGGAACUGAGAUCCCAUUGGUCCCAUCCUGUGCAGUCUUCAUCACCAUGAACCCUGGAUAUGCUGGACGCACUGAAUUACCAGAUAACUUAAAGGCUCUCUUCCGUCCUGUGGCUAUGAUGGUUCCAGAUUACUCCAUGAUUGCAGAGAUUUCUCUCUACUCCUUUGGGUUCAAUGACGCCAAGGUCCUAGCAAAGAAGAUCACCACUACGUUCAAACUGUCAUCGGAACAGCUCAGCAGCCAGGACCAUUAUGACUUUGGAAUGAGAGCUGUGAAGACUGUGAUCUCAGCUGCUGGCAACUUAAAGAGAGAGAAUCCUACCAUGAAUGAAGAGCUGAUCUGCCUUAGGGCCAUCCGGGAUGUCAAUGUACCCAAGUUCCUCCAGGAUGACCUCAAGCUGUUCAAUGGUAUUGUCUCUGACUUGUUUCCCAAGAUCAAAGAGGAGCCUAUUGAAUAUGGCAUCCUAGAAGAAGCAAUCCACAAAUCCUGCAUCAAAGACAACCUGAAGGAUGUUGAAGGUUUUGUGACAAAGUGCAUCCAGCUAUAUGAAACCACUGUGGUGCGCCAUGGCCUCAUGCUGGUGGGGCCAGCAGGCUCGGGGAAAACAAAGUGUUACAGAGUUCUGGCAGCUGCAAUGACCUCUCUGAAAGGUCAGCCUUCGGUCAGUGGUGGGAAUUAUGAAGCAGUCAACUACUUUAUACUGAAUCCGAAAUCCAUCACUAUGGGCCAGCUUUAUGGAGAGUUUGACUUGCUAACGCAUGAAUGGACGGAUGGGAUUCUUUCAUCACUCAUUCGGGUGGGAGCAAUCGCCAGUGAUACAAAUAAGAAAUGGUAUGUGUUUGAUGGGCCAGUCGAUGCGGUCUGGAUUGAGAAUAUGAACACCGUGCUGGAUGAUAAUAAGAAGCUGUGUCUUAGCUCUGGAGAAAUCAUUAAGCUAACAGAGAUGAUGACCAUGAUGUUUGAAGUACAGGACCUGGCUGUUGCCUCCCCGGCCACAGUAUCCCGGUGCGGCAUGGUUUACCUGGAGCCCAGCCUCUUGGGGCUCGAGCCCUUCACUUGGUGCUGGCUGAGGAAAAUUCCAGACAUCAUGAAGCCUUUCUCAGAGCAGUUAGCAUCCCUCUUCAGCAGAUUUCUAGAGGAGUCCAUCAGCUUUGUCCGGAGUUCAGUGAAAGAGAUAAUUGCCUCAACAGACAGUAACCUGACGAUGAGCCUUCUCAAACUACUGGAGUGCUUCUUUGAACCUUUCAUUCCCAUUGAGGGAAUUAGGAAGGUUCCCCGUGAGAAGGCUGACCGACUUGGAGAACUGAUUGAACCCUGGUUCAUGUUCUCCUUGAUCUGGAGUGUGGGUGCAACUGGAGAUGCCCAAAGCCGCGUGGCCUUCAGCAUGUGGUUGAGAGAGAAGAUGGCAAGUGAACAGAUCCAGUUACUUUUCCCAGAGGUGGGGCUGGUUUAUGAUUAUAAACUGGAUGAUGCUGGGCUCAGCAAUCCUGAGGAAGAUAUAGAUGAAGAUGUUGUCAAGGAGGUGGGCUGGGUGAAUUGGAUGGAUUACACUGCACAGUUCACCAUAGUUCCUGACACAAGUUUCUGUGACAUUAUAAUCCCCACAAUGAAUACUGUCCAGAUGGCCCACCUGCUGGAAAUGCUGCUCACCAAUCGAAAACCAGUUCUCUGUGUUGGUCCAACUGGCACUGGGAAGACUCUCACGAUUUCAGACAAACUUUUGAAGAACUUGCCUCUAGAAUACAUCACCCACUUUCUAACAUUUUCUGCUCGCACCUCAGCCAAUCAAACCCAGGACCUCAUUGACAGCAAACUGGAUAAAAGGAGAAAGGGGGUGUUUGGUCCUCCUCUUGGCAAGUACUUCAUAUUUUUCAUUGAUGACCUAAAUAUGCCGGCACUGGAGACCUAUGGUGCUCAGCCACCCAUUGAGCUGCUUCGGCAGUGGAUGGACCACCAGGGCUGGUACGACAGGAAACAGAUUGGUAUCUUUAAGAACCUGGUGGAUAUUAACUUCGUCUGUGCCAUGGGCCCCCCAGGCGGAGGAAGGAAUGCCAUCACGGCACGCCUCACCCGUCAUUUCAACUAUCUUUCCUUUACGGAGAUGGAGGACAGCAGCAAGAAGAAAAUCUUCUCCACCAUUCUUGGCAGCUGGAUGGCUGGACUCCUUGGAGAAAGAAGUUUCAGAGAUCCAGUCCCUGGAGCCCCUGGAGUCGAGCACUUGAAUGAGCCCCUUGUCGAUGCCACCAUUCGUGUGUAUUCAACCAUCACGUCCCAACUGUUGCCUACUCCAGCAAAGUCACACUAUACCUUUAAUCUGAGGGACCUCUCCAAAGUUUUCCAGGGGAUGCUCAUGGCUGAAGCCUGCAAAAUCGAGGACAAACUGCACCUGCUCAGGCUCUGGUAUCAUGAGAGUUGCCGUGUGUUCCGCGACCGCCUGGUUAAUGAUGAGGACCGCAACUGGUUUGAUGAUCUGAUGAAGAGCAUGAUGGCAGAGUGGGACACCACCUUUGAGGAGGUUAUCCCCUACCAGCCAGUUCUCUUUGGGGAUUUCAUGAUGCCUGGUGCUGAUGUCAAAAUAUAUGAACUAAUUGAUGACCAGGAAAAGCUUAUGCGUGUGAUUGAGGAGUACAUGGAGGAGUACAAUCAGAUCAACACCACCAAGAUGAAGCUGGUGCUCUUUAUGGAUGCUAUGCAGCACAUCUGCCGGAUCAGCCGGAUCCUGCGCCAGGCACUGGGGAAUGCUCUCCUCCUGGGCGUUGGAGGAAGCGGAAGGGAGUCUCUCACCAGGCUGGCAUCUCACAUGGCCGAUUAUGAAUGUUUCCAGAUUGAACUUUCCAAAAACUAUGGGAUGGCAGAGUGGCGAGAAGAUGUCAAGAAAAUCAUGCUGAAGGCUGGCCUGCAGAGACUGCCCAUUACCUUUCUAUUCACGGACUCACAGAUUAAAAGCGAAUCUUUCCUGGAGGAUAUCAACAAUGUGUUGAACUCCGGAGACAUUCCCAAUCUGUAUGCCCCGGAUGAGCAAGAUCAGAUCAUGACUACUAUGAAGCCCAUCGUUCAGGACCUAGGGCAGCAGCCCACCAAGGCCAACCUGAUGGCAGCAUACACAGGACUAGUUCGCAGUAAUAUCCAUAUGGUCCUUUGCAUGAGCCCUAUUGGAGAGGUCUUCCGUGCACGGCUGAGACAGUUCCCCUCUCUAGUGAACUGCUGUACUAUUGACUGGUUUAAUGAGUGGCCUGCAGAAGCCCUGCAGUGCGUUGCAUCUUCCUUUUUGCAAGAGAUCCCAGACCUUGAAGCCACCUCUGAAGUUAUAGAUGGAAUGAUUCAGGUGUGUGUAGCGAUCCACCAGAGCGUAGCAGUGAAGUGCAAAGUGUACCUGGCCGAGUUGGCCAGACACAAUUAUGUCACUCCCAAGAGCUACCUGGAGCUCCUUGGCAUUUUCACAGCCCUGAUCGGGAAAAAGAAACAGGAGCUGAACACAGCGAAGAAGAGGAUGAAGAGUGGCUUGGACAAGCUACUGCGAACAGCAGAAGAUGUAGCAAAGAUGCAGGAAGAGCUAGAAUCAGCACGUCCCCUUCUGGCAGAGGCAGCCAAAGACACACUGGCAACCAUGGAACAAAUAAAGGUGGACACGGCCGUGGCGGAGGAGACUCGAAAUGCUGUGCAGGCUGAAGAGAUGAAAGCCAAAGUAAAAGCUCAGACAGCCCAGGCCAUUGCAGACGAUGCCCAGAAGGACCUGGCAGAAGCUCUCCCUGCACUGGACGCUGCGCUAGCCAGCCUAAGAAACCUUAACAAAAAUGAUGUCACGGAGGUGCGAGCUAUGCAGAGACCUCCCCUUGGGGUGAAGAUGGUGAUUGAAGCUGUCUGUAUUAUGAAAGGAAUCAAGCCCAAGAAAGUGGCUGGAGACAAGCCAGGCUCUAAGAUGGAUGACUACUGGGAGCCGGGCAAGGGCCUUCUUCAGGACCCAGGGAAGUUCCUGGAAAGCCUGUUUAAAUUUGAUAAGGACAACAUUGCAGAUUCAGUAAUUAAAGCCAUCCAGCCGUAUAUUGACAACGAGGAGUUUCAACCAGCAGCCAUAGCCAAAGUAUCCAAAGCCUGCACCUCCAUCUGCCAGUGGGUGCGUGCCAUGCACAAAUACCACUUUGUGGCCAAAGGAGUGGAACCAAAGCGGCAAGCCUUGCGGGAGGCAGAAGAGGACCUGCAGGUCACUCAGAAGAUCCUUGAUGAAGCCAAGGACCGCCUGAGAGAAGUGGAGGAUGGCAUUGCCACCCUGCAGGCCAAGUACAGGAGCUGCAUCGCCAAGAAGGAGGAACUGGAGAUGAAGUGUGAGCUGUGUGAGCAGAGGCUGGGCCGGGCUGACAAGUUAAUUAAUGGCCUGGCAGAUGAGAAGGUGCGCUGGCAGGACACAGUCCAGAACCUGGAUUAUAUGAUCAACAAUAUCGCAGGAGAUGUGCUGAUUUCAGCUGGCUUCGUGGCAUACCUGGGCCCUUUCACAGGCCAAUACCGCACAGCACUAUGUGAGGACUGGCUAAAGAAACUGGAGGAACACGAUGUCCCGCACACCAGGGAGCCAAACUUGAUAAGCACUCUGGGAGACCCAGUGAAAAUCAGAUCAUGGCAGAUUGCCGGCUUGCCUAAUGACACCCUGUCUGUGGAGAAUGGAGUAAUAACACAGGUUUCACAGCGCUGGACUCACUUCAUAGACCCCCAGGGACAAGCCAACAAAUGGAUCAAGAACUUGGAGAAGGAGAACGGUUUGGAGGUGGCUAAGCUGAGCGACCGGGACUUUCUGCGCAGCUUGGAGAACUCCAUUCGCUUCGGAAAGCCGUUCCUGCUGGAGAACGUAGGGGAGGAACUGGAUCCGGCUCUCGAGCCCGUCUUGCUGAAACAGACUUAUAAACAGCAAGGCAGCACGGUAUUGAAGCUGGGCGAUACGGUUAUUCCAUACCAUGAGGACUUCAAGAUGUACAUCACCACCAAUCUGCCCAAUCCCCACUACACGCCAGAGAUCUCCACCAAGCUCACGCUGAUUAACUUCACCCUCUCGCCCAGUGGCUUGGAAGACCAGUUGCUGGGACAAGUGGUAGCUGAGGAGCGACCGGACUUAGAAGAGGCCAAGAACCAGCUGAUCAUUAGCAAUGCCAAGAUGCGACAAGAGCUGAAGGAGAUAGAGGAUCAGAUCCUCUACCGGCUAAGCUCCUCCGAGGGAAAUCCUGUCGAUGACUUGGAGCUCAUCAAAGUGCUGGAGGCAUCCAAGCUAAAAGCAGGGGAAAUCCAGGCCAAAGUGAAGAUUGCCGAGCAGACAGAAAAAGACAUCGACAUCACUCGUCUGGAGUACGUGCCUGUAGCUGUCCGCACUCAGAUCCUUUACUUCUGCGUCUCUGACCUGUCCAACGUUGACCCCAUGUAUCAGUAUUCGCUCGAGUGGUUCCUUAACAUCUUCUUGUCCGGAAUCACAAACUCCGAGAGAGCAGACACCCUGAAGAAGCGGAUAGUGAACAUAAACAAUUACCUCACCUUCAGUCUCUACAGCAAUGUGUGCCGCAGUCUCUUUGAGAAGCACAAGCUCAUGUUUGCCUUUCUGCUGUGUGUCCGGAUCAUGAUGAAUGAAGGGAAAAUCAACAUGGACGAAUGGCGUUACCUCCUGUCUGGAGGUGCCAUUAAAACGAUGAGAGAGAACCCAGCUCCUGAGUGGCUGUAUGAGAGAGCGUGGGGUGACAUCUUGGCCUUAACCAACCUGAAGAAUUUCUCCAGCUUUGCGGAUGAUUUUAUUGACAAUAUCCAGGAGUUCCGUGCAAUUUUUGACAGUGCUGAGCCGCACAGAGAGCCCCUGCCUGGGAAGUGGGACAGCACGUUGGACUCCUUCCAGAAGCUGCUGCCCCUACGCUGCCUGCGAGGGGAUAAGGUCACCAACGCCAUGCAGGAUUUUGUGGCCAUGAAUCUGGACCAGCGCUUUAUCGAACCGCAGGGUCCCCGAGCCGAGGCUAUGAUGCGAAGUGCUAUGGAACGUGGGAAGUGGGUCUUCUUCCAGAACUGUCACUUAGCCCCAAGCUGGAUGCCUUCGCUGGAGAGACUCAUAGAGAGCAUCAAUCCUGACAAGGUGCACCGUGACUUUCGCCUUUGGCUCACCAGUUUACCCAGUAACCAGUUCCCAGUGUCCAUCCUCCAGAAUGGCUCCAAGAUGACCAUUGAGCCCCCCCGAGGGGUCAAGGCCAAUCUGCUGAAGUCCUACAUUAGCCUGAGUGAUGACUUCCUGAACUCCUGCUCCAAGAUCUCCGAGUUUAAGGCCUUGCUGCUGUCACUUUGCCUGUUCCAUGGUAAUGCCCUGGAGCGGCGGAAGUUUGGGCCACUGGGGUUCAAUAUCCCGUACGAGUUCACGGAUGGAGACCUCCGCAUUUGCAUCAGCCAGCUAAAGAUGUUCUUGGACGAAUAUGCAGACAUCCCGUACAAGGUUCUGAAGUAUACAGCUGGUGAGAUCAAUUAUGGAGGCCGAGUGACAGAUGAUUGGGACAGGCGAUGCAUCAUGAAUAUAUUAGAAGAUUUCUACAAGCCGGAAGUUCUAACUGAGGAUUUUGCUUAUUCCGAGUCAGGGAUCUACAGACAGAUCAGCACCACCUAUGAUCUUAAUGGAUACAUCCAAUACAUCAAGAGUCUGCCACUCAAUGACAACCCGGAGAUAUUCAGCUUACAUGACAAUGCCAACAUCACCUUUGCUCAGAACGAGACCUUUGCCCUGCUCGGGGCCAUCAUUCAGCUGCAGCCAAAGACGUCCACCUCAGGAGGCCUCGGCAGGGAGGAGCUUGUAGAGGAGACAUCAAAGGACAUCUUGAAGAAGGUCCCUGACCCCAUUAACGUGCAGGAGGUGAUGCUGAAAUACCCGGUGCUGUACGAGGAGUCCAUGAACACAGUGCUGGUGCAGGAGGUGAUCAGGUACAAUCGGCUGCUGGAAGUAAUUGCACAGACACUGCAGGAUUUGCUGAAAGCUCUCAAGGGCCUGGUGGUGAUGUCAUCCCAGUUGGAGCUCAUGGCCAACAGCCUGUUCAACAAUAGCGUUCCAGAGCUCUGGAAUGCCAAGGCGUACCCAUCCCUGAAGCCCUUGGCCUCCUGGGUUAAUGACCUGCUGCAGCGGAUUGACUUCCUGCAACGAUGGAUCACUAAGGGGAUCCCGCCUGUGUUCUGGAUCAGUGGCUUCUUCUUCCCCCAAGCCUUUCUCACAGGGACGCUGCAGAACUUUGCCAGGAAAUCAAUCGUCUCCAUCGAUACCAUUGCGUUUGACUUUCAGGUGAUGAGAGAGUCAGUGAACGAGCUGGCCCAGCGUCCCGUCCAGGGUUGUUAUAUUCAUGGCCUGUUUCUGGAAGGCGCUCGCUGGGAUCCCCUCUCCUUUCAGCUAGCAGAGUCACGCCCCAAGGAGCUUUACACAGAGAUGGCAGUGAUCUGGCUCGUCCCUGUUCCCAACCGCAAACCUCCAACCACGGGCUUCUACCUGUGCCCAAUCUACAAGACGCUCACUCGAGCAGGGACAUUGUCAACAACAGGUCAUUCUACCAAUUAUGUGAUUGCGGUGGAGAUCCCCAGCAGUAAACUCCAGAGGCACUGGAUCAAACGGGGUGUAGCCCUGAUCUGUGCGCUAGACUUCUAGGAAGCCAUAGCAGCAAGGGGUCUGCGCACCAAGGUACAGUUGUACUGUGUAUUUGUAGGCACUGCUUGGUUGGUGCAGUCAACUAGGGCUAGAACAGGCUUGUAAUUAAACCCUGCUCUGGCUGCCCCUGCCUCUCAGAGCUCUUGUUUAGUUGUCAUAAAUAAAGAAGCUGUUCUAUUUUACUAAUAUCGUGCUUGUUUCUUCUAAUCAGGUGCCCCCUCUCCUCCCACUAGUGUUUAAACUAGGCAGCAGCUCAAGUCAAGGGCCAGGAAAUGCAGAGACCAGCAUGGUUCCCACUGCAGGAGCUGGUAACUGACUAGAGCAGCUUAGGCCAGGUGCAAUUAUUGUGUGUCUGCUGAUAUUCUACCUGUUGCACUGACUGC